GGCCAGUUCUAAAGGUUAUAAGUCAUUGAGUCGUAAAAUUCUGGUAAAGAAACAAGCAGCUGUAGAAGUGAACUUUACUCUACAGCAUGAAAAAGACAGAUUAGAUUACCAUGGUUACAAGGAGUUGAAAGAAAGGCUAACUAAUUUAUCCCAGCAGUAUUCAGAUUUAGUCAAAUUACACAAAUUAGGAUCUAGUGCUGAAGGUCGAGAUAUUUUAAUGAUGGAUGUUGGUGUAAAGACUACAGAUCAUGCUGUACCACAUGUCCUGUUGCUAGGCAACUGCCAUGGUAACGAGGUCAUAGGUCGUGAACUACUGUUACAACUUGUAGAAUCUUUAGUUACUGGUUACCGUAGUGAUGACUCUGUCACAGAGCUAUUGGAUACGACCUCGAUUCAUAUUGUUCCAUCCUUGAAUCCUGAUGGAGGUGAAAAAGCUGAACCUGGAAAGUGUGAUAAACUUUCUCAAAAUAACAUCACAUUUUUGGAAUCUGCAAAAUCUCCUGAAGUUAAAAGUUUAUUGGACUGGUUGUCGGGACGACAGAUAGCGGCUAGUUUUAUUGUACGGGGAGGUCAACAGGUCGUAGCCUAUCCUCAAUCAUCAACAGGUGAUGACGAGACCCGUGGACAACAAUUGGCUCUGGUUUACGCCAAUCAUCAUCCUCUAUUAAUUAACGCUAAAACUGGCUGCAAUAUUGAUAAAGAUAAAUUUAUAGCUGGAACAGUUGAAGCCUCAAAGAUCCAUUCUAAAAAUGACAGUGCUUUGAAUUAUUUGUUUAACGUAAAGAAGAUUCCAUCCAUCAACAUCUAUACCAGCUGCUGUUCGACACCUCCAGCAGAUCAACUUCUCACUUUAUGGCAUCAAAAUAAAAAGUCACUGAUAUCUGUUUUACAAGAGGUACACCGAGGAAUAUCUGGUUCAGUACAGGACAAGAAAACCCACCGACCGUUCUCCAACUCAACUAUUAUCAUAGAAUCUGAUAAACUAAAACAACAAGUCAACGUGGAUAAUAACGGACAUUUCUUUAUUUAUCUUCCACCUGGUGUUUAUAGAGUUACUUCCCUUGUUGAUGGAUAUAAAAAACAGGUCAAGAAUAUUGAAUUAGGGAAGAAUAUGGCACCAUUAACAAGUUCCAUAAAACUUGAUGUUGAGAAGAAACAGAGUUUAGCGGCUUCACCUUUCCUUGUUGUCGUUGCUUUCAGUUCUUUGGUUUUACUGGUGGUGGUCAUAGUAACAGUUUUUAUCUGUAAAAAAUAUCAACGAAAACCAGUUUAUCAGAAAUUAGGAUUCCGUCCUGCACAAGAUGACGAGGAUGAGGACACUUAUCGAGAAUAUGGCUCAAAAUCAAAGCUGAUCAAACCGAAAGAAUACCAUGAUUAUAGUUCUGAUGAAGAACACGAUUUAUACGUCCAAGAUUUCCUCAGGCAUUCCAGAUCCUGAUUCGCUCAUUAUUAAUCCUAAUCCUACCCAGUAAAAAUCUCUUACAAUUUUAACCUUUUCUCAGAUUAUUUUCUCAUAUUUUUUAUAUUGUUUUUUUUAUUUAUCGACAUUCCUUAACGGCAAUAUUUUCUGCUCAGACUUGGUUUUUAUCAUUUUUUUGUUUUAUUAAUAAGUACAUAUAAAACAUGAUUUAUGGCAAGGUAGGGAGGGAGGCAAGGUGGGGAGGGUAGGGAGGGAGGCUGUUGUGUGGAAUUCAUCACCACAAGAUAUUGGACUUAACUAUAUGUAUUACAGUAGAUUUUGCUUCAAUGUUUACAAUAGGAUCUUUAAUGUAUUCACGGUCACCAACCAUCAGACUUUUAUUCUCUGAUCAUAAAAUAAGGUGUAAGCUCAAGAUGGGUGACAAUAACAAAUAAAAACAAUUUCAAACAAAAAACUUAUGGAUAGAUCUUGACCUACCCACCUGUCCGUCCGUCGUUCAACCCAUCCAAUAAUCCACAAAAUAAUUGACGCAACUGUUGAAAUUUUACGAUGGUCCAUAAUUUACGCAAUUGUUGAUAGCCGAUAAUUUUGAAAUUUUCUCCUCUGCUUUUAUUCAUCCUAGUCUUCCAGUAAAAUCUAAAACUAGACACUGAUGACGUUUCAUUAAAAUACAGAAAUAUUUUAUGUGGAGAUUGAAACAUUUUGUUUUAUAUUUUUUUUUCCACCUUUGAUAGAAAUCAAUUAAAUCUUAAGAUUUUUUAUUUGGCUCAAAAAUUACAUUCCCUUUUAUUUUCUGACAUUUUACAGUUUGGUUGUAAAAUUAUUCUCCUAGGAUUAUACACCUGUAACACCUGUAACACUAUGUAUGUUUGUGAUUUAUUGUAAGCCUUAUUUUAGAUAUUUUUUUUAAAUAUUACUAAUGACUGUAAAAUAGAAUGUGAGAUUUUUUUGUUUUUGUGAAUAUUUUGUCAGAACAGAAAUAUUUAAUAAUAUUGAAUAAACAGCUCUAUCAUGUAUGUUAAAACAUAAUAAACUAAAUAAAUAAUUUGUUUAUUAUCAGCACUAUUUAUUUAAUAAACAAUUUCUCUAUACAGCUCUUGUAUUGUGCAACCAGAAUUAUUUUAUUGUUAUGGUUACCUUUGGAUUUGAUUUUUUUGUAUCCAUGGUUACCAUAAUGCCAGUAAACUGUGUUAUUGGUGUAUCUACUGUUAAUGUCUAUGUUGUUAUGGUUACCUGUGGAUUUGAUUGGUUUGUAUCCAUGGUUUCCAUAAUGUCAGUAAACUGUGUUAUUAGUGUAAACAAUGCUAACGUCUAUGUUAUUAUAUCCAUCCUAAUACCAGUCUGUAUAUUCCAAUGUUGUAUCCAUGGUAAUAAGCCAUUAUGUAAAUAUGUGUAUUAUAGUAUCUAUGGUUACGGUUAGAUAUACCCUUUGUAAUUUCAUGUGAUAUAUUUAUGUUAUGAAAACUCAUUCUUGCCUUCUUCAGGUAACUAAGUUACCUUAACUCAAGUUUAAAUCAAACUUUUAACACUUUCUCUAAAAUCAUGUUUCAAAUCAAAAAUAUAUGCUCUCUACUCAUCAUUUCUAUAUCAAUAUUCGUUUCUAUAGCAACAGACAAGGUACUCAUCUACAAGAUUAGGUUUAAUAUGUCACAAAUUAUUUUAUAAUUUUAUGUCCAGUCCAGUUAUGUAUUUGUUAUAUUGAAAUUGUUGUAUGGGUCACAUUCAGAUGUUAUUUAGUUUGUUAUUUUCAUGUAUUUAUAACAUCUUUAAUUUGCUGGUCUUGGGGACAUUUUUUAUAGUUUUAGUUAGGUUAUAGAACAGUAUUUUCUGGCUCUAUAUGUUUAUGAAUUACUGUGAUGUGUAACGUAUACCCACUGUAUGUAAGUUAUAUUUCAAGUGGUUGUAUAAAUAGAGAGAUAAAACAAAAAUGUUUUCAAGGGCAAGACUGAAACAUAAACUGUUUAAGUUGUGAAUAAUACAAAUAUUCACGUCUGUCAGCUUAUUAGGCUAGGAACUGGGUCCCAAGGUUAAAAUCUAGGGGUUGGGUGUUCGAUGGUUAACGCAUGCACUUUAAAUUAGAAGGUGUGUCAUUGAGUAAAGUGGCGUGGUUUCAUUACCAGUUUGUAUGUAACAAGGAGUGGGGUCCCCGGUCCAACCUUGUGGGUUUUCUCUGGUUUCCACCAACUGCUAAAAAGCCCAACAUGCAAGCGAAUUAUUGAAAUCAAAUUCAACUAUGUCAGUACCAAUAUGACCUAGUUUAUGGCGAGUGAAUGUUAAACCUCAUUUCUCUCUUUAAAAGCCUAGUAGGGCUCGUCUAAUUGAAGUAGGGCGAAAUUUGACUCACUUUUUUCCUGGACAAUUCCGCAUUUAUCAUAUGAGGUGACAUUUCUAAAAUGACUGAUUAAUUCCUGGUUCAUACUAGGUCUACUUAUUAUCAACAGAUAUAAGUAUAAUUAUGUUGAUGUAAAUACUGAUAUAUUAUUGAACAUGUAAAUAUAUAGAUAUAUAGACAUGAAGCAAGGAAGAGUGGGAGUUAAGUUAAUAUAUUCAAUAACAUGUUACACAAUAUAUUUGUUUUAAAUAUUUUAAUGUAUUAAAUAAUUAUAGGAAAA